AUGGCUCCGGCGCCGCCCAGCAAUGGGCAUGCGCAAGCAGCAGCCGGCAGCGCAAACCUGGCAGGGCUGAGCGAGGAUGAGCAGCUGGCGCGGGCAAUAGCGCUGUCGCUGGGCCAGUCGGUGCCUGACAUACCGCCCGCAGCAGCACCAACGCCAGCACCGCCGCCAACAGCGGCGCCAACGGCCAAGCCGCCGGUGCGGGCGCAUCCCGCGGCGCCCAGCACUGCCAGCAGCGCGCAGCAGGGCGCCCCCACAGCCGUGGCCCUGGCUGACGGCACUGCCGUGGUGCGCCGCAUAAUUGACAGCGACAAUUCCUGCCUCUUCAACGCGGUGGGAUACGUGACGGAGCGCAGCCGCAAGCUGGCGCCGCGGCUCAGGCAGGUCAUCGCGGAUGCUGUGCUGGCGGAUCCGUUUGAGUGGAAUGAGGCCGUGCUGGGCAAGGAGCCAGCGGAGUACUGCCGCUGGAUCAAGGAUCCCAACAAGUGGGGCGGCGCCAUUGAGCUGAGCAUCCUGUCGCGCCACUUGGGGCGCGAGAUUGCGGCGUUUGACAUCCAGACCACGCGCGUGGACAUCUACGGUCAGGGUUCCGGGUACAGCGAGCGCGUGAUGCUCAUCUACGACGGCCUGCACUAUGAUGCGCUGGCGGUGGCGGCGUUUGAGGGGGCGCCGGAGCAGCUGGACGUGACGGUCAUCCCCACGAGCGGCACGCGCACCGAGAUGGUCAUGCAGGGCGCAAAGCAGCUGGCGACCAAGGCGCAGACGGCACGGGCAUUUACAGACACCGCCAACUUCACGCUGCGCUGCGGUGUCUGCCAGAUCGGCCUGAAAGGCGAGAAGGAGGCGGUGGAGCACGCGAAGACCACCGGGCACACCAACUUCUCCGAGUAUUGA